GUAUCUUGCUUUGACCGUCAAAGAGGGGAACCACAGAGACUUGGAGAUAAGAGAAGAAAAGAAAAGGGUUAGGUGGAAUCUCGUGACCAUCGGUGGCGGCCGAUCCUUUGUUCUAUAAAAAGGCUUUUCCUCCUUUAGCUGAGCUACAGGCAAAAGUGAAUCUAAAGGGUUUUCGAAUCAAUGGUGAAUAUUUUCAACCAAGCACCUUCAUCCUCGUCUCUCUUCUUCUGAUUCGGAAACCUAUUGUGUUUCACUCGCAUUCUUAUUACAGAGAUGGAACCUUCAAGUCCCCAACAUAGUCACAUCAUUGAAGUUAAUGUAGAAAAGUCUGAUGAACAAAGAAAAACACUUGGAGCAGUUAAAGUCUGUGGAGAAACACCGUGUGAUCUCAACAAUGCUUCUGGUGACGCCGAGGAACGCACUGCUUCCAUGAGAAAGCUCUGCAUUGCUGUGGUGCUAUGUCUUCUCUUCAUGACCGUUGAAGUCUUUGGUGGGAUCAAAGCUAACAGCUUGGCUAUACUAACGGACGCAGCUCAUCUCCUCUCUGAUGUUGCCGCCUUUGCCAUCUCCUUGUUCUCCCUGUGGGCUGCUGGCUGGGAAGCGACGCCAAGGCAGACUUAUGGGUUCUUCAGGAUUGAGAUCCUCGGAGCUCUUGUCUCUAUCCAGCUCAUUUGGUUGCUUACAGGGAUUCUUGUUUAUGAAGCUAUUAUUAGACUUCUUACAGAGACUAGUGAGGUUGAUGGGUUCCUUAUGUUCCUUGUUGCUGCGUUUGGGCUGUUGGUGAACAUCGUAAUGGCUGUUCUGUUAGGACAUGAUCAUGGUCACAGUCAUGGCCAUGGACACAGCCAUGGUCAUGACCAUCAGAGUCAUGAUGGGGUGACUGUUACCACCCAUCACCAUCAUGGUCAUAGUCAUGAUGAGGACAAGCAUCACUCUCAUGGUGAUGUUACUGAGCAGUUGCUGGACAAAUCGGAGAAGAGGAAGAGGAACAUCAAUGUGCAAGGAGCUUACCUCCACGUCCUUGGAGACUCGAUCCAGAGCGUUGGCGUUAUGAUUGGAGGAGCCAUCAUUUGGUACAAGCCUGAGUGGAAGAUAGUUGAUCUGAUCUGCACGCUUGUCUUCUCGGUUAUUGUCUUGGGGACAACCAUCAACAUGAUUAGAAGCAUUCUCGAGGUGUUGAUGGAGAGCACGCCUAGAGAGAUUGACGCUACCAAGCUGGAACAGGGUUUGCUGGAGAUGGAAGAAGUUGUGGCUGUUCAUGAGCUUCACAUUUGGGCUAUCACUGUGGGGAAAGUGCUGCUUGCUUGCCAUGUCAAUAUCACACCGGAGGCAGAUGCUGAUAUGGUGUUAAACAAGGUGAUUGAUUACAUCCGGAGAGAGUAUAAUAUUAGUCAUGUCACAAUACAAAUCGAACGCUAAAAAGGCAUAUCAAACAUCUCAAGAGUCUUUUGUUUCAGUAUUCUCUUUAGUAACAAUAAUAAAAUCAAUAAAGUUUGAAUCUUUUUUCA